AUGUACUCCCUAGGUUCUUCGUCGUCACUUACGGUUGUUGGCUCUCAUGCGACUUCGGGCCAAGAUCAAGAUUCUCCGAGCAGUAAACUAAGCGUGAAGUCGUCGAAUGUGACGUUACGACCCUCCGAGUCGCACCGAAUGGUGUACGAAUUCAGAGAGAAGACGUACAACGAGAAGGAACAUACUGGUUCCGUCGAUACAAGGCUCCAAUCCUAUGAAGCGCAGGCUCAGGAUUCUCACACAAGCGUACGGUUACCUCUCCGUGUACGAUUGGCGAAUCGUGCAUGGCGCUCUGGAUAUUCCUCGAGUAGCCCUACCGACGCUGCGCUAGAACGCCUAACUAUCGCCGCUCUAACUCUGCACGAACUCUCGAAGACGCCAAUAUCGCGGAAGGUGGUGGACGUGGCGUAUGUGGGGAGGACGAUAGAGUUGUUAGAUGAUCUUGUCGGUGUGCAUGAGGAUAUUAAUUCGUUGAAGUCGAGGAGGGAAGGGAUGGUUCGCCGGAUGGUGGAGUCGCGAGGUGUGCUUAGCGCUAUAGCGGAGAAGUUGUCUUCAUACCGCGGACGAUACCCUGAACUUUCGGAAACGGAGGAUACUAUGGUACAGGGCUUUGAGAUGCUUGAGCGCGCCUUCGAAGAAACAAUUGAAUACCUGGCACGUUGCAUUCCGCAAAGUUAUACGGACGAGAUCGGGAUGCUCUUCUUCGCCCGUAAACUGUUCACAGGCGAAAUCGAAAGGUGUGAAGAGCGCUGGGGGAGUGUUUGUAUUAAGUUUCAGUCUCUAGUUUACGGCAUUUUUUUCGUCCUGAUACCUCUCUCAACAGCCUCUCUUAUCAAGCGCGGUAUUGGAAGUCGGGCCAACCAGAUCAUGCUGGCCAUCAUCUGGAUUAUGUUCGCCCUUUCAACUGCUCAUUGGGCCAUUUCCCUCGCUUUCCUGGUCACGAAAGUCAAAACACAGGCGAUAGUUGAAGGUCUUCCUCGUGUGAGAUCAGAUAAUAUGAACGCGGUAGUGACUAUUAAUUUCGGAGUCGCAGAUGGCGUGGUCGUUUGGAGGGUCUGGGUGCUGUGCAAAAACGAGUACAAGAAGGCACUCAUAGGCUCCUUGGUGCUACUAGGGUUGACAAUAGCCUUCAUAAUCGCCACAAUCGCCUUGAGGGGAGUCAUUUCUACGACCACACCAAUUGGAGGUCAUGCUCGCCCAGCUAUCCAUAAUGCUCUCGGUGUGAUCGAGAUAGUGCCCAUCGUCCUUUCCUUGAUUACGAACGUUUUGUCUACGGUCAUUGUGGGGUUGUACGUCUGGUACGUGGACGCUUUUGUCAUUGUUAAGGACGGCUUUCCAAAGUUUGAGAUACUGGCGGGCAGGAAAUACCGGCGAUUCCUUCAGGAGAACCUGUCGGGGAACAAGACUACGAGAGUCGAACGUAUUUUGGUGCUACUCUUCGAAUCCGGCCUAUUAUAUGCUCUAUACCUGAUACUUUCCAUCAUAGGCUCGAACCUCCGAGUAUCCAUCGGGACCAUUGGCGACGUAACGAACAGCGUACUCGCCCUCAUUUCUGCAAGUCUUCAUCUCGUUACUAACACACACACGAAGCGCGAUUCUGAUCUACAUACGCAGGGCAUAUAUCCCACCAUCAUCAUCACUCUCAUCAGCAUCCAAGGAACAGUACACACCUCAACAUUCUCCGUCUCAUCGACCCGGACCCAAAAUGCAGGACCUGUCAACGUGGGAAUUCGCGAUAGACAGCUCGCCUCCGUACAAUUUGGGCAAAAUCCUGCACUAUUCACGCACAAUACCAUCGAGGAUGACCAGGAUCGGUGGAUGGCACGACGAAUGACGAGCAGUCCAACGUCGAUAGUGUUUUCGGACUUGCAGGUCAAAACAGUGGAGUUGGUCCGUAGGGGCUGGGACGGGCCUUGGUUCGACAAGAGCGAGUACCGAAGCUGGGUGUGA